UGUACAACACUCAGUUGUUAUGAAAACGCGUUUCGGAGCAUCUUUAUUUGAAAUAUUUCCCGCAUAAAGAUCUUGCACCCUUUGGGGGCUCGGAUAAUUUGCCUUCGACAAACUGAAAUUGCCCUUUUUAUAAGUUUGUGUGGCCCCCUCCUCCUUUUACAAAAUCCUGGAUCUGUCCCUGCGUCCAAAAUAUGGGUAUAAAUUGUGUUAACCCUAUUCGCAAGUCGGCUUAUAUAUAGAACGCAUCAGUGCAUGCAACUUCAGCUAUACUGAAUGUAACUGGUUGUCAGAGACUAUUGUAUUUACGCCUGGGUUGUAGCAGGUCUAAAACUCCCUACAAUAGUCCCAGACUUUGGCUUGUUUACAUUCAUGCAUUCCGACUUACACGUGAAAGUCUCGGAGUUCGCAAAUAGUCUGAGACAACGUCAUUGUCUCGCUUCGUACAUUAGACCCCAGAGGUGAGGACCUAUCGAUCCGAGUUAGCCUUAGUAACGUCUCUUACACAAACCAUUCCUUACAGAAAUUAUGAGAGACAAUAAAUAAUUAUAACAUUAAAAAAAUGAACGUACAUAUUAUAUGCAUAAUACAUAUAAAAGGAUGUGUAUAUAUAUAAUUAUAAUAUAUAUAUUAUAUAUUAUAAAACUAUGUUGUGUGUCCUAUUAAUAGGCCGCAGAAUUUCCACUUUACUGUCAACAUCACGUGUUAUAUACGUCCGUUUUAAUUGGUUCAUUGCAGCGGUUAAUUCAAAUUACAAUAACUAACACAUUUACACCGGCAAGGUUUUUAAGGGUUGUUUUGUUUUUCCAGGAGUACGAAAUGACAAAAAGGAAGAUAACUACUAAAAUUGAUUAAUUAUCAGUUAUGAAGUCUGAAAGAAAUAGAUUGAAAACCUUUUGGAACUGGCCUCCUUGGGCAAACCAAAAACCCGAGAUUUUGGCAAAAGAUGGGUUUUACUACACUGGCGAAAUCGAUAGGGUGAAAUGUGCGUUCUGUAUGGGCGUGCUAAAACGUUGGCAACCAUCAGACGAUCCCAGACUCCAACACAGGAUCCAUUUUCCAUGGUGUCCGUUUGUCUGCAGCGGUGAAGGGAAUAUGCCUCUCGAUCCGGUCGACAGUUACAGCGUGGGUUCGUGCCUUCAGCGUGAAGACACUCUCGAUAUGACUGAAGAAGAAAAUCGCCUUGCUUCUUUUUCCCGUUGGCCUCGUCAUUUACAACAAACUCCGGAACUAUUGGCACGUGCUGGUUUCUAUUACUACGGUGACGACCACAGACAGGACAGAGUGAGGUGCGCCUACUGUAAGGGUAGACUCUAUGACUGGCAGUUCGAUGACGACCCCUGGGUGGAGCAUGCGCGGUGUUUCCCGCGGUGCCACUAUGUACGGUUAUGCAUGGGUCAGGAUUUCAUUGAUGAUGUACAGAAUAACAGAAGAGUUAAAACACAAGAAAGCUUGAAUGUUCCGAAAAUAUCGCAGCCCAAGAUGUUGCCAAGAUUACCACCACAACAAGAAUCUGAGCGAAAUGAUUUGGACGAAUGCAUGCAGUCUGUUCAGGUGCAGGCAGUGCUACAGAUGGGAUUCUCCAAAGAUCUGAUUCGCCAGAUUGUCGCCGACAAGCUGAACAGAGAAGGACAGGUAUUUUCUAACGCGGAGGAACUGGCGUCCUUGGUGAUAGCAAAGGAAAAUGCUAGAAAGGUAUCCUCAACUAAUUGCAGUGAAGCACAGAAAUUCGAACACGAAUGUGCCGCGAACACCAGCAGUGCUAUGCUAGUGGAACAGAACGAAAGAUUGAGUGAACAGUAUCUGUGCAAGAUUUGCAUGGAGGAGCGGAUUCGGAUGACAUUCAUGCCAUGCGGACAUCUCGUCUGCUGCGAGAAUUGCGCGUCUGUCAUGGAGGAAUGUCCAAUUUGCAGAAGUAGAAUAUCUGAGACCGUCAGAACAUUUUAUUAAAAAUUCUGCUGUCAUUUAAAUGCUGUUUGUUACCAAAAUAUUACACAACCAAAUACAGUACUGCAGAAUUUCGGUGUAAAUCCAUCAUACAUAAGAGUUUAUGUGU